GUUAGAUGAGAGGACCGCACACAAACCUGGAGCAGACUUGAGAAGAGCGCAGAAACAAUGAAGUCCUUCAUUGGGAGUUUGGUAUAUUGCUUCUCUCUUUUGCUGGUGGAUCUCUGUGAAUCCUAUGACCUGAACAAUCCAUCCUACAUUUUGGCCCAAAGUUAUGCACAAAGAAGAAAUCAUGCACUUCCACACCGGACAUUGAACCCAGCAGUGUACAGGACUAAGUACUGGUUAGAUGGACCUGAUCACCCUCACAAACAGAGGAGGAGGAUUUUGCCCCAUCUUAUCCCAGUAGGUUAUCCAGGACCCACAGCUCCUUCUCAGCGCACAGUUUAUGACUGGCUCAAAGACAUACCAACCACAAAAGUUUAUAGUAAAAAUAAUGACCAAUCCCCACCUGUGGAAAUCAAGCAGCUGAAAGGUGAAUGGGCGCCAGUAGUUUGUCGAAAAGUUCAAUAUCCAGACCAAGCGGUUGUAGUUACAGGAGAAUCAGGGGAAAAUACAGGCGUUUCAGUGGUGGUUCCACAACAACAGUAUUCAGGUCCAGAGAAAUCAGUGGUUCAGUCAACAAAUAACCAACCGACCGCUCCUGAGACAGGUUUUCAGCCAUCAAAGACACAUUCCUUGAAUUUGGCAGGCAAACAAUCUUUGAAUCUCUCCCUACCUCGGGCAUCCGUGCCAAAAUCCUUGUCAAAAUUGGCACAAGAACCUUAUUCACAAGACACCUCAACCCAAUCCCUUCCAACCACUACCAUGACACCAGAGGCAUAUCCUCAAAGUACCUUCUUCGAAUCCCUGCCGACAUCCACCCUUACACCAGAGACAUACUCCCAGAGCACCUUAUCCCAACCCAUGCCAAAGUUCCCCUAUACUGAAGGGCCAAAUCCUCAAAGAAUCCCACCCCAAUCAGUCUCACUAGAGCCGGAUGCCCAAGGUGCCUUCCCCGAAUCCCUGCCAUCAUCCACACUGACAUCAGAGACCAAUCCCCAAAGCGCUUCACCUAAGUCUGUACCAAUGUCCACUCAUAGAUCAGGGCCAAUUUACCAAAAGAUCCCAUCCCAAUCUCUGUCAACAUCCAAUCUGACACAAGAGGCACAUCUUCAGACCGUCCCACCACAGUCCAAUGAGCCACAAGAAUCUCUACCAGAGGCACCAGGCAGGAUUAUUACCCACGGCAGGAUAGCCAUCACAGGGUCGACAGGUAUAAUUCCAUGAAUAAUUCUACUGCUUAGAUUAACCCUCCAUCUAUUCAUGCAGGGGUGACCAAUCCUGCUCCCGGUGGGACAAUGUCCUGCCAUUUAGAUCCAACCUGCCCCAACAUACUUGUCUGAAAGUUUUCAGUAAUCAUGAAGACUAUGAUUAGCUGGUUCAGGUGUUAAUAAGGAUUGGAUCUGAAUUCUGCAGGGCAGUGGCCUUUCAGGGGUAGGAUUGGACACCUUUUACAUAAAAGCAUAGGGAUCUUAAGGGUUCUUUGUUUCAAAGGUGGAUGAAGCAAAAUGGCUUAUUACUAUUGUAAGGCAUCUUACAGAUCAGAAAAUGUGACCUUUCAUAUUCCAGAAGCAUUCUAGUAUUCAAGUAUGUCAUUUUGCUGAGGUCCAAAGGGAUAUUUUAGGAGCGACCACACUAAUCUAACUGUUUGCAUGUAAAGUAUAUGCUUUACUCAUAUUUACCAUUCCAAUGGGUCAAGCCAUAUACCAUCAACUUAACACCAUACCAUUUUACUAAUCCUUUAAUGGACUAAAACACCAGUUAUAUCAUAUAGACAUUGAGUAACGCAACUUCUAAAGUGUUUAAUUUUUACUGAAC